AUGGAGCUCUCCAAAGUGUCACUCAUCAUCCUCAUGGUGUUGGUCAUGUUCUUGGCUGCCAAUGAUGGGGCGAAGGGACAGGGGGCACACGGCGUCUUAGCGACGUACAACCUAUACAACCCAGAGCGCAUAAAUUGGGACAUGCGGACGGGAAGCACGUUCUGUGCCACGUGGGAUGCUGACAAGCCAUUGACGUGGCGGCAGCAUUAUGGCUGGACAGCAUUCUGUGGCCCUGCCGGUGCACACGGCGAGCCGUCCUGUGGCCGCUGCCUCCUGGUGACCAACAGGGCGACAGGGGCAAAAACGGUGGCAAGGGUCGUGGAUCAGUGCGACAACGGUGGUCUCGACUUGGACAUCUCCGUGUUCAGGCAAAUUGACACUGAUGGAGGUGGCAUGGCCAACGGCCACCUUUCUGUUGACUAUGAAUUUGUUGGAUGCCAAGACUAG